AUGGUCACUGCAGACCCCAUCCUGCAGCAGGGAGCGCCCAGCUCCACCUGGAUGGCAGAUGAUCGUCUGAGCCAAGACAACAGUACCUCAUCCAACUCCACAGCAGGCUUACUUGGGAACUCCACACACAACGAAUUCACCACCAUCGUCUUGCCUGUGCUUUACCUCAUCAUCUUCCUGGCAAGCAUCUUGCUGAAUGGCCUAGCAGUGUGGAUUUUUUUCCACAUAAGAAAUAAAACAAGUUUUAUAUUUUACCUCAAAAACAUUGUGGUUGCAGAUCUUCUAAUGACACUGACGUUCCCAUUCAAGAUAAUCCAGGACUCACAGCUGGGACCAUGGCACUUCAACUCCUUCCUGUGCCGAUACACCACAGUUCUGUUUUACACAAACAUGUACACCACAAUUGUGUUCCUCGGACUCAUCAGCAUUGACCGCUACCUGAAAGUAGUGAAGCCUUUUGGAGACUCCAGGAUGUAUAGCAUCACUUUCACCAAGAUCUUAUCUGCCUGCGUUUGGGUUGUAAUGGCUUUCCUAGCUUUACCAAACCUGAUUCUUACAAAUGGCUACCCAACAAAGAAGAACAUAGAUGACUGCAUAAAGCUGAAAUCUCCACUGGGAGUCAAGUGGCACACAGCUGUCAUUUACAUCAACACCUGCAUGUUUGUAGUGGUGCUGAUAGUACUGAUAGGAUGCUACAUUGCGAUAUCCAGGUACAUUUAUAAAUCGAGCAAACAAUUCAUUAGCUCAUCAAGCAGAAAGAGAAAGCAUAAUCAAAGUAUAAGGGUUGUCGUGGCUGUAUUUUUCACUUGCUUUCUGCCAUAUCAUUUGUGCAGAAUACCCUUUACUUUCAGCCAUCUAGAUAAAAUUUUAGAUGACUCUGCACAUAAAAUCUUGUAUUAUUGUAAGGAAAUGACACUGUUCCUGUCCGCAUGCAAUGUCUGUCUGGAUCCAAUAAUUUACUUUUUCAUGUGUAGAUCAUUCUCACGAAGGCUGUUUAGAAAAUCAAAUAUGAGAACCAGAAGUGAGAGUAUCAGAUCACUUCAGAGUGUUAGAAGAUCAGAAGUGCGCAUAUACCAUGAAUACACUGAUGUCUGAAGCCACACCCACAGACUUUUGAUAAUUUGCAAGGGUGUAUGUAUAUCAUGUAAAUAAAAGGUAUCUUUGAGUAUCUGACCAUGGAAGUUCAUUAAGGAACGUGCAGACAUACACAGAUUUUCCACUGCAGCUUACUAACAUCCAUCUCAAAAUUCAAAAGCUUAAAUCCACACAGAGAUCACGUUCACUUCAGAGGGGGUUUGGGGGUUGUUUUGGGUGGGUGGGUGGGGGUUUUUUAAAGGCCAGCACAAGCUAAGGAUGCCUCAGCUCAGAAAGCAACCAGGAGCUCCAGGAGGCCCCAGCCAAGAUGGACAAGCUCUGGCCUUGGAGUGGGAUCCAACAUCCUCGGGGUUCAGUGGAUGGCUGCAGAAGGGCUUGUAGCAGGUGAAGGCGAA